UCUGGUCUCGGCCGGCUGGGACUCGGCGCGACCCCAAGAUGGCGGCGUUGGCGGCGGCGGGCUCCAUGGCCUGCGCGUGAGCCUCCCCCCCCUCCCCGGGCCAUGGCGGGCUCCGGGCCCAGGCCGCGCUGAGCCGGCCGGGAUGUGCGAGAGCUACUCGCGGUGUCUGCUGCGGGUGUCGGUGGCUCAGAUCUGCCAGGCGCUGGGCUGGGACUCGGUGCAAAUCUCGGCCUGCGACCUCCUCACCGACGUGCUGCAGCGCUACCUGCAGGGACUGGGCCGGGGCUGCCACCGCUACUGCGAGCUCUAUGGCCGUACAGAUCCAAUUUUGGAUGAUGUAAGUGAAGCCUUCACACUUAUGGGGGUUAACCUGCAUGAGCUGGAAGAUUACAUACACAAUAUUGAACCUGUCACUUUCCCACAUCAAAUCCCUUCAUUUCCUGUCAGCAAGAACAAUGUCCUACAGUUUCCCCAGCCUGGAAGCAAAGAUGCAGAAGAGAGGAAAGAGUACAUUCCUGAUUACAUGCCACCUAUUGUCUCAUCUCAAGAAGAGGAGGAAGAGGAACAGGUACCCACUGAUGGAGGUACAUCAGCAGAAGCCAUGCAGGUUCCCCUGGAAGAGGAAGGAGAGAUGGAAGAGGAUGAGGCAGUUAAUGAUGAAAACUUCUUGAGCAAGAGACCCUUAGAAAGUCCUGAAGCUGAGGAAAUGCCUGCUAUGAAACGACCAAAACUAGCUAUCACUAAAGGGGACAUCAUUGAUGGAGCAUUGGAGCCACGUGAACCUCUCAGUUCAAUAAACACUCAAAAGGUGCCACCAAUGCUUUCUCCAGUUCAUGUUCAAGAUAGUACAGAUUUAGCCCCUCCUUCACCAGAACCACCAAUGUUGGCUCCCAUUGCGAAAUCACAAAUGCCAGCUCCUAAAACAUUAGAAUCAAAACCAUUUGCACCUAAAACAAAGGCCAAAACUGGUUCUCCAGGACAGAAGACUAAAUUGCCUAAAGCUACUCCAGCACCAGUAGUUAUUGGAAGUCCCAUACGUUCACCAAAAACUGGAUCCAAAGAGAAGAAAUCACCAGGUCGUGCCAAGAGUCCAAAAAGUCCCAAAAGUCCAAAGGUUCCCGCUCAUGUUUCCCAAGUGGCAGUCAAGCUUGAAACCCCAAGUAGAACUCCUUUGGCUGCGUUAAGUGAAAAGAUGGGAAAAGAGAACAUCCAAGUAAAACAAGGGCAAACACCACCUGAGCCUGGGAAACAAAAUAGUGAAAAUCCAUCUAAGAAAGUGGCAGUGAUGGACAAGACCAUUGAUGAUUCAAUUGAUGCUGUGAUUGCUCGUGCAUGUGCAGAACGAGAACCUGAUCCAUUUGAGUUUUCCUCUGGUUCAGAAUCAGAGGGGGAAAUUUUUACCAGCCCUAAAAGACUUUCUGUUUCAGAGACUCCAACUCCUAAAGCUUCUGUUUCUGCUAACAGUCUAAAUAAGGUAGGAGCCACCCCAAUGCCUCCCUCGGGUGGGACUUCAAGCUCAGACAUUUCAUGGACAAUGGAUGACUCAAUUGAUGAAGUCAUUCGAAAAGCAAAGAUGGGGUCACCUUCUAAUCCGCCUCCAAACUUUCCUUAUUUCUCCUCUCCUUCUGCUUCACCACCAACACCGGAACCUCUGCUCAAAGUCUAUGAGGAGAAAACCAAGCUGGCAUCAUCAGUAGAAGUGAAAAAGAAGCUGAAAAAAGAGCUGAAGACAAAAAUGAAAAAGAAAGAAAAACAAAAAGACAAAGAGAAAAAUAAAGACAAAAGCAAAGAUAAGGAUAAAAACAAGGAGAAGGAUAAAGACAUUGGAACCAAGGAAGCAAAGUUUCAAUGGAAAGACCUACUCAAAGAUGAUGACCUCGAUUCCUAUAAGUUCAAAAUGAAGGACUUUGAUGAUGUUGAUACAAAAAUGAAGUUGAAAGAUGGCAAUACCAAAAAAGAGAGAGAGAAGCAUAAAGAUAAGAAGAAAGAUAAAGAUAAAGGCAAGAAAGAUAAAGAUAAGAAAGACAAAGAGAAAAUUAAAGAUAAAGGUAAGGAAGAUAAGAUAAAGGGUCCCUCAGCACCUCUUGUGUUGCCUCCCAAAGAAAUGCCUUUGCCUUUGUUUAGCACUCCUACCGCCAUGAGACUACCUACCAUGUUGACUUCCUUGUCCACAAUGCUUCCUGAAAAACUGUUUGAGGAAAAAGAGAAGCCUAAAGAGAAGAAGAAAGACAAAAAAGAGAAGAAGAAAAAGAAGGAAAGGGAGAAGGACAAAGAAAAGGAAAAGAAGGAGAAGGAAAAGGAGAGAAAGGAGAAAGAAAAGAAAGACAAAGAAAAAGAAAAACACAAACAUGACAAAAUCAAAGUGGAACCUGUUGUUCCAGCUCCAUCACCAGUUAUUCCCAGGCUGACGCUGAGAGUGGGUGCUGGCCAAGACAAGAUAGUCAUCAGCAAAGUGGUGUCAGCCCCAGAGGCUAAACCAUCUACUCCUGUGAAUCGGCCCAAAACACCACCACCCGUGCCAUCCCCACUACCAGCUCCUGUCCACGUGACCCCUCCUCCUGCUCCAGCUCCUCCUCCUCCACAAGCUACCAUCUCGCCUGCUCUAAUUCCACCACCUUCUCCUGCGGUCUCUGCAGCAGGAGGCUCCAAAGCGCCGGUCAGAAGUGUGGUGACGGAGACUGUCAGUACCUACGUGAUCCGAGAUGAAUGGGGUAACCAGAUCUGGAUCUGUCCUGGCUGCAACAAAGCUGACGAUGGCAGUCCAAUGAUAGGCUGUGAUGACUGUGAUGAUUGGUAUCACUGGCUUUGUGUUGGAAUUACGGCUGCACCCCCAGAAGAAAUGCAAUGGUUCUGUUCUAAGUGUGCCAGCAAAAAGAAAGAUAAAAAACAUAAGAAGCGGAAGCACAGAGCACACUGAAGUCUUCGCGGUGAACUUAAGUCAUACAGUCACUUCAGCACUUCUGCCCUGACUCCUUGGUAGACGGAUUUAUUGUGCUUCUUCCUCAUCAUCCGUCAUCAGGAUUUAUGGAUUGACUCCUGAAUGAAUCAGGAACAAAAUACACUGUCCGUUCUGGACUGUUGUUUUUUCCAAACUGUGCGUGAGCCCCAGUGGUUUAGAUUUUAGUAUGUUCUGUCACUGGCUUUCACUUACUGAAGGAAACUCUCACAGAGUGAUACCGAGGGUUAAAUAGUUAACGAUACAGCUCCCACUCUUGCAGAUCAGCAGCAGCAAUGACAAAUGUUGUAAAUAAAGAUAUCUCCUCUGUCCUUUUUGAUUUGUUUUUAUUCUCUCCUGAGCCUUUGCAUUAAGGUGUUAAAAGAGAGGAGAAAUAUGUAAAUUGCAGUAACUGUAAUCUAAGGAGACCUACUGGAAUGAUUUCUGUAGUCAGAAUACAGUUUUCAAAGCUCUAUCCCUGCAUAGCCAGAUAAUCAUAACAUGAAGAUAAAAAAAAGUGGCUGGUAAAUAUUUUUGUGAUAAGAAUAUAUGAAGCUUUUUUCCUUGAUUUUUAGUACUAACAUAAAAUAAACAUGUUCAAGCUUUUGUGAAAUAUCUUCUAUUUUUUAAAAGAAAGUUUCUAUUGUGUCAGUUGUUUUUUUCUUCCAUGUGAAUUGUUUUCGGUAGACCUGUAAUAUAUUUUAUACUUUUUGUUUUUAGUCAUUGUCAGUGUACCUUUUCAUUGCUUGUAUAUUUCAUCAGCGUGUAAAAACACUUCUCAUUAAAAGACGUUCUCUCGUGUAAAUACCUGAUAUUUAUAAAAUUCUUUUUUUUUUUUAAGGUUUAUGGGUUUGGGGUUUUUUGAGUGUCUAAUCCUAGCAGGUAUGAAAAUUCUGUAUGAUUUAUGGCCAUUACUGUGGCUUUAAAGGAUUGUGAUAGACCCACCCCAAAAGGAGCUUUCCAGGCGGCCCACUAAUGAAACCAACCAACCAACCUUCUGCUUAAGGCCCUGAUUCAGGAAGGUACUUACGGACAUGCGUAACUCUAAGAGGGGAAUAAUCCCAGUGCAUGGAAUUGGGACUGUUCUUAUGCAUAGUGAGACAGGUACUGAAGUGUCUUUCUGAAUCGGGACCUAAGGCAAUGGGAUCUAGCAGUUUUAACGGUAGCAAUUGAGUUUUAAUUUGUAGCUGGAGCUGAUCCUUUUAUUUGCAAGUGUUUCUGUGUUUGUCAAAAUGAUUGCGCUCGCAUUUAGAAAAAGGAAGUGUCGUUCGUAUUCCAGAAAGACUAGAAAGCAUACUAUGCCAUUUUGUGUUUGUUGUGAUGUUUUCUUUUAGUGUAUCUUUUAAUCAGUAUUACCUUGCAAAGACAAAUAAAGUAUGCUAUGGAAAUGUAUGUUUUAUUCUCCAUUUUAAACAAAGGAAUAAUUCUAGAAUGCCACAAAACGGUGACAGUAUGAGAUAUUUUAGUACAGUGUGUCUGAGAGUAAAUCAAGUAUAUAGCAUUACAUUUUAAAUUAUAAAUUACUCUGAAACCUGUCAUUUUAAAUAUCAUGCCUUAUGUUUCAAAAGCUAUAGGGUAAAUCCAGCCAUCGUCAUUUAAUUUCCGGGUGCUUCUACUCUGGACUGUACAGUGAUAAGCAUCUUGAGUUUUAGAAUGCAAACAUUUAACCUGUUGCACAGAUAUUACCAAUUACUUUUUUAAAAUGCCAUCUCAAUUGAUAUUAAUGAGAAUGAAUUAGUCAUGUUUUUUAAAACAUCUUGUCUAGGUAAAGAAAUUAGGUUUUCCUGAUAUGACUGUUAAAUUGCAAAUCAGUGGAGAUAUGGAUGAAAUUGGUUUAUUAAAAGUGCACUGUUA